AUGGUCGGUACGCCGGAUCUUAUGUAUUAAUUUUCUGCACCUUGUUUCUCUGCUCAUCAUUCUUGCUGCUGCUUAUCUGUAGGCAACCAAUGAAAACCUGCCGCCCAAUGUGAUCAGACAGCUCGCGAAGGAAUUGAAGCAUCUCGAUGAAUCCCCCCCGGAGGGGAUCAAGGUGACAGUGAAUGACGACGAUUUCUCCACGAUAUUUGCCGAUAUUGAGGGCCCUGGUGGGUGAUCUACUUGAGUAUCAUUUUGUUUUAAUCGAAUCUGCGCGAGGGAUGACGACGAAUCUUCGCUUCUUGCAGCUGGAACUCCGUACGAAAACGGCAUUUUUCGCAUGAAGCUGCUGUUAUCUCAUGAUUUCCCUCAAUCGCCCCCCAAAGGUAUGCUUCUCCUCGCCCUCUUCGUUGAGAUCUGCACGCCCCUUCCCGUCUUCAAUGAUUAUUUAUGCGAUCUCUCUCUUCUUCUUCUUCUUCUUCUUCUUCCUUUUUUUUCUUUUUGGGUUCUUGUUAGGGUAUUUUGUGACGAAGAUAUUCCACCCCAACAUCGCGACGAACGGGGAGAUCUGCGUCAACACACUGAAGAAGGACUGGAAUCCGAGUCUCGGGCUGCGGCAUGUCUUGAUUGUGAGUAGUAGUGUCCGUGGUUUCUCCGAGAAGCAUUCGGAGGCUUUUCGGGUAGAACGUCGCUGAAUUGGCGUGCCGCCGCUGAGCCGUGUGCAGGUUGUGAGGUGCCUCCUGAUUGAGCCGUUCCCGGAGUCCGCCCUCAAUGAACAAGCCGGGAAGAUGCUGCUUGAAAACUACCAAGAGUACGCUCGGCAUGCCAGGUCUGUGCCGCUGAUCAAGUCUCAAGUCCCUCCGGUCAAAUCGGGUUGGUGAUUUUUUUAUCGUUGGCGAUUUUUUAUGGGUCAAGUGCCCUCAAACCGGGGAUAAUUACAGCCUGUACACGGGGAUACAUGCCCUCAAACCGAAGCCCAAGGUCAAGACGCCUGCCAUGUCCGAGUCCACCACCGCCUUGAACGUAGACCCCGGCUCUUCUCCGGCCGCGGCGGCGGUGGCGGCGGCCCAGCUCCCUGCCGCCAAGGCGGCGCAGCAGACGGGUGCCGCCGCCGGGCCGGAGCAGAACGGCGCCGAUAAUGCCACCCUGCCCGCUGCCCCGGGGGCGGCGGCGGUGGAUGAAGCUGCGGAGCCUGCCGGGGUCGAGAAGAAAGCGCCGGCGGUUAGCGGGAAGCCGAAGCCGCUGAUGGACAACAAGAAGAAGGCGGAUGCGAGGAAGAAAAGCCUGAAGAGAUUGUGA